AUGCCUCCACCACCAAAGCGCAAGUGGCACCGGCCCAGGCCCAGCGGCGCUACUCCCAACAACGCAGCCAACCCUCACUCGACCGUCGCCCAGCAGCAGAAGCGCCCAAAGGUCGAAGAUGUUACAAAGCAGGAGGCGGGCGCUACCGGUCCUGUCGAUGUCAAGGCGAUGUAUAGCACGUCCACCGGCAAUGCUGAGGCGAAGCGAUUUUCUGAGAUGGCGGGCACACUGGAUAAGGCGCUGUUGAACAGUCUUGACAAGAUGGGCUUUGAGUUCAUGUCGCCUGUGCAGCAGAAGGUUCUCACCGAGCUACCAAACAUCACAUCUGACUGCAUCGUGCAAGCGAAAACCGGCACUGGCAAGACCGUUGCGUUCUUGCUGCCCGCUAUCCAGAACCUCCUUUCCGGAAACGCGCCCCCCAAAGGCAAGGUUGGCAUUCUGAUUAUCUGCCCUACCCGUGAGUUGGCGCUGCAGAUUGCGAAGGAAGCCAACGGUGUCACUGCUUGCCUGCCACGAAAGAUGGAAACCCAUACCGCUUUCGGUGGCACUUCUCGUGCUUCAAACCUCAAGGCUUUCAUGAACGGCAACCCUACCAUCCUUGUUGCUACGCCUGGCCGACUCGACGAUAUCCUUGGCGAGGAGGAGGUUCGCGAAAGGUUCACCCAUGUUAAGACUGUCGUUCUCGAUGAGGCCGACCAGAUGCUCGACGCCGGUUUCGCACCAGCAGUCAAGAAGAUUCUUCGUCGCAUCCCACCGAAGAGCGACGGAUGGCAGGGCAUGUGCUUCUCCGCCACCAUGAACCCAGAUGUUAUGGACGUUGCCAAGUGUGUACUGUUUCCUGGUUACACCACACUUUCUACAGUGGACCCCAACGAGGUCCCAACCCACGAGCGCGUCCCACAAUUCUUCAUCACUGUCCCUACGGUCACCCAGACUUUCGCUGCCCUUCUGGCCUUGAUCGAGGAAGAAUAUAACAAGAACCCCUCCGACUUCAAGGUGAUCGUGUUUGGCACGACUGCCAACGGCGUAGGCUUGUUCUACGACCUAUACAAGAAUGCAUUGCCUCAGUUCAGACUCUUUGAGCUGCACAGCCGAAUGUCGCAACCUGCUCGAACCAAGACCACGCAACAGUUCAAGGAUGCCACAAGCGGUAUCCUGGUAGCUUCUGACGUGGUCGGCCGUGGUAUGGAUUUCCCCAACGUUGGCCUUGUCGUUCAAGUCGGCCUUCCGUCUAGUACCGAGCAGUACAUCCACCGAGUCGGUCGUACCGCCCGCGCUGGCAAGGACGGACGCGCUGUCAUCAUUCUUUCCGAGCAAGAAUCCUUCUUCCCCAAGAUCAACAAGACUCUGCCACUCAACCCUUACCCUGUCGACAUCGUCUCGCAGGUGCCCAAACAUCAGCGAACCGUCGACCGGGCAUUUACCAACGUGGAGGAGGAGGCUAAAGCCAAAGCCUAUCAAGCGUUCCUUGGAUACAACAAGACAUUCUUGAAGAAGUUGAAGCUGAGCCCGGCCGAACUUGUACGUCUUGCAAACGAGUAUGCAAAGGCUAUGGGUUGCCCAGAACCACCCCUCAUCGAGAAAAGCACAGUUGGCAAGAUGGGCUUGAAAGGUGUUCCUGGUCUCAGAAUUGGCUCUCGCAGGGCUUAA